AUGUCCAUGCCUCAGAUCCAGCCACCACCCGGCAUGCGAGGCCCUUCGUUGAGCUCCAUCCCUCAACACGGUCCCGGCGCUCCCGUCAGUCCCUCUGCUACAUCGCCGCCUCCUGCCUCCAUCGGCCCCGGCGCCAGUCGAAGACGUGCUUAUCCUACCGCCCACCUCGCCGCUAACAGCAUUAGCUAUGCUGGCGGUUACGACGCUGGGGCAGCCUCGGCCGGCGGCGCCGGUUAUCCCGGUGCACACGACGCUCAGCCUCAGCUCUUUACUCCAGGCGCCCCCGAUCAGGCUCCUUCUCCCUACGGUGGGGCCGCUGCUCAGCCUGCUCCAGCUGCUCCUGGUAUGGCUCCUACCCCUGGUGCUCCUGGUGUCGGUGUCGCCCCCGGCUACGCAGCUGGCGGCGUCCAGGGUCUUACCAACCAGUUCCAAGGCAUGGGUAUGGGCGGCGCCGGCAUUGCAGGUGGCAUGGCGCAAAAGUUCAGCACGCUCCAGACUGUCAACAUCAGCGGCGUUCAACCCAAUGUCAACGACCUCGAACGUCCCCCUCCCGAGAUCCGUCUGCCACCCAACGCAUGUGUUUCCACCAACCCGAAAGCCAACGCAGACCCAUCCUACCAACGAUGCACCCUCAACGCCGUCCCUACCACCUCUUCGCUCCUCCAGAAGUCAAAAAUCCCUCUGGGUCUCAUCCUCUCACCCUACCGCUCCGUUCGCGAGGCUGACGGUGACGAGCCCGUUCCCGUCGUCACCGAUACCGUCAUCGCUCGUUGCCGCAGGUGCAGGACCUACAUCAACCCUUACGUCACCUUUAUCGAGAACGGCAAUCGAUGGAAGUGUUGCAUGUGCAACAUCAGCAACGAGGUGCCUCAGCUCUUUGACUGGAACUCCGAGACGAACCAGCCAGCCGAUCGAUGGCAGCGUCCCGAGCUCAACCACAGCGUCGUCGAAUUUAUCGCACCUCGAGAGUACAUGGUUCGCCCGCCUCAACCUCCCGUCUACACUUUCCUUAUCGACGUCAGCUACCAGGCCAUCAACAGCGGCAUGGUCGCUACAGCGGCUCGCACCAUCCUCGAAACCCUCGACCGUCUGCCCAACUCGGACAACCGUGCCAAAAUCUGCAUCAUCGGCGUAGACACCAGCCUCCACUUUUUCAGCAUCACGCCCGAAAGCACCGAACCCGAGAUGCUUGUGGUCAGCGAUCUGGACGACGUCUUCUUGCCCAAGCCCAACGACCUUCUGGUCAACCUUACCGAGUGCCGAGCCGGUGUCGAGGCGUUGCUGCAGAGGCUCGGUGACAUGUACAAGGACUCUCUGGUCACCGGAUCUGCGCUCGGCGCCGCUCUGCAAGCCGCCUACAAGCUCAUCUCGCCCAUCGGUGGUAAGAUCAUGGUGCUCACCGCCUCGCUUCCCAGCGUCGGUCCGGGCGCUCUCAAGAACCGUGAGGACCCCAAGCUGCUCGGUACCGCCAAGGAGAGCACCUUGCUCGGCGCUGCUUCGUCGUUCUACAAGACGUUCCCCAUCGACUGCUCGCGAUCCCAAGUAUCGGUCGACAUGUUCCUGUUCGCGCCCUCGUACACCGACGUGGCCACGCUCUCGUGCCUGCCUCGCUACACGGGUGGUCAGACGUUCUUCUACCCAGCCUUCCAUGCCGGUCGCUCCGAAGACGCUGUCAAGUUCUCACACGAGUUCUCGGAGGUGCUCGCCAGCCCAAUCAGCUACGAGGCUGUGCUGCGUCUGCGUGCUACCAAAGGUAUCCGCGCCACUGCGUUCCACGGUAACUUCUUCGUUCGAUCCACCGACUUGCUUGCGCUGCCUUCGGUGCCGCUCGACCAGAGCUACGCGAUCGAGUGCGAGAUCGAAGAGACGAUCAACGCACCGUUCGUCGUGUUCCAGUCGGUGGUGCUGCACAGCACGAGCUCGGGCGAGCGUCGUAUCCGCGUGGUCAACUUGGCUCUGCCUACGACGAGCUCCAUGUCCGAGGUGUAUGCGAAUGCGGACCAGAUUGCCAUCGCAACGCUGUUGGCCGACAAGGCGGUGGAGCGUUCGAUCCACUCUCGACUGGAAGAUGCGCGCGAUGCGCUGUUCAACAAGCUGGUCGACGUGUUCUCGACGUACAAGUCGACCAUGACCUCGGCAGGGUCUGGUGCGAGCCCGCAGCUGGCGAUCGCGCAGAACAUGGCGCAGCUGCCGCUGCUGGUGCUUGCGCUGCUCAAGCACGUGGGUAUCCGACAAUCGUCUUCGAUCCCAUCGGAUCUGCGCGCGUAUGCUCAGGCGCUGCUGACGACGCUUCCGGCGCAGCAGCUGAUUCCGUACCUGCACCCGAGCUUCUACUGCCUGCACAACAUGGACGCCGAGGCGGGCACCACGGUCGCCGAAAAAGGCUUCGUGAUGCCGGCCAAACUCAACCUGACCUCGGAGCGAUUCGAGCGUCAUGGGUUGUACCUGAUCGAGGAUGGACAGAACAUUUUCCUGUGGGUGGGACGCGAAGCUGUACCUCAGCUGUGCCUGGACGUGUUUGACGUGGCCAACUAUGGCACGCUGAGGGGAGGCAAGACGACGCUGCCCAAGUUGGAGAACAGCAUGAACCAGCGGGUCAAUGCGAUUGUGCAGAGGAUCAGGGAGAGUCGACGUGGACCCUACCGACCGCAUCUGUACAUUGUCAAGGAGGACGGAGAGCCGAGUCUGCGCCUGUGGGCGUUGAGCCUGUUGAUCGAGGACAGGUUCGAACAGACGCCGAGCUACAUGCAGUUCAUCGGGCAGUUGAGGGAUAAGGUGAACGGCGGAUCGUGA